GUUUAUGGGUGCGAUGGGGGAAAGGAAAGGAAGUUUCUGUCCGUGUCGCACUGAAACCCACGCCAAGCGCGUGCCCUCCCCUAUUAUUUAUUUAUAUGCUUCUCCUUGGGACAGCACAGCAGAAGCAGGAUACUGAUCUGAAUUUCCCCUUUCCUCUUCUUCUUGUUGAUCUGAAUUUCUCUUGCUUGAGCUGCGAGCUGCCGGAGCCAUGUCGUCCUCCUCCUUCUCCAAGGCCAGAUUCGAGGGUAAAGGAGUAGGAGGCGGCGGAGCCGGGAGAUCCAUAUCGCUGGCCGCCUCCAGGGCCAAGCUCGCCGCGGCCACCGCCAGCGCCAAGAAAGCAGCUGCUACUACAGCUAGCGGGCGGGGCAAGGGCAAGGGCAAGGCCGCCAAGAAGGUCUUCUCCCUCACCGGCCAGAAGUUCGAUAUCCCAGAGGAGAGGGAGCCCCUUCGGAUCUUCUACGAAUCGCUCUCCAAGCAGAUCCCAUCCAGCGACAUGGCCGAAUUCUGGUUAAUGGAGCAUGGGCUGUUAUCUCCGGAGAGAGCCAAGAAAGCCUAUGACAGAAAGCUCAAACGGCAGCAGCAGAUCAAAUCAGGGACCCCGAUCAAGUCGUCAAAUUCCAACACUGUCAGCAAACACAACAACAACAAACCUGCAGAGACCUGGAAGAAACCGGCACCAGUGGUUUCUUCUUCUUCCACAGCGCGUCACAACACGGAUCAUACCGCCGCCAAGGCCAAGAGAAGAGUCGAGUACAGCAGCGACGACGACGACAAAGAAUUCAUUGUCAAGCUCAAGAGACCCAAUUUCAACUCCAACUCCAACUCCAGUUCCAGGGGUGGCUGAACUGCUCCUCAACUUGAUGAAUGGGCCUGUCUGUCUGUCUGUUUGUUUCUUUCCAGCUAGCACAUAUCCUACUACAUGGAUCAAGCAAUACCGUCUCAGAUUCAGAUUCAGAUCACUAACUCGACUUUUUUAUAUUUAUUUUGUUUUUCACCCUACAAGUACAACAAUGAAUUGGCUCUUCUGACUACAUACAUAUAUAUAUAUAUGUCUGUCUGUGUAUUUCAGUUCAGAGAGAAGAUAUACCAUUACAUUUUUGUUGUAA